AUGGCAGUCCCAGUUCAGUUUCCAGACAGCCAUUGUAAAUUCUCCCAUCCAAUUUCAGGUGAAGAGUUCCUGGAAUCCGGUGCUAUCUCGUCGAUCCCAGUUCGACGCAGCAACAUGCACCGAGAAGCCGAGCAUAUCAUGGCGGCCCUUAGACGCGACUGGGCAGCUGUCUUUGGAGAAGACAAUGAUCAUGACCAUCAUACGGACGAGAACACCAUAUCCGGGUACGUCCAUUGUUUGAUUUUGCCUAAAGCGAAGCCAGGUCGUUUCGAGCACACGGUCUGGUUUACCGAGUUUUUCAUCCUUGUUGACUAUAAAGCCGAAGAUCUGACUCGCGAAAUAUCUUUUGAUCUCCAGGCCCACACAGAACUAAACCCCAAGCUUGCGAAGAUCUUGGCGGAUAGGUGCCAGAAGGAUCCCGAGUCUGCCGUGAAAAAGCUCCUCGUGGCAUCUAUCAGAAAACUUCUUAGGAAGGAUUUCAUCCGCGGAUGUCGUGUGUUAAAUGCGUGGCAGUAUUGGCUUCUUAAUGUCGAUUCCAAAGGUCCAGAGGAUUUUGACACACUUGAAGACCACGAAGAGUUUAGGAUUAUCAAUUGUGGAUUGAUGCCCUACACUUACAUGAUGGAAUACGCCAUGGGGCUGACCCUAACGGACACCGAGAGAUAA